AUGCAACACGCACGGGUUACAGCACCUUCUUCCCCCUCCCUUCGCCUGUUUCCCGAAUACGAGACAACACAUCCAGAAUCUAUCCCUGAGCAGCAGGAUGACAAGUCGGAACCAAAAUCAUCGGGGUGGAUAUCAUGGAGUCUCAUGGACACCGCUGAGCUGGACAUCUUUCUUGCGUCGACCUGUCUCAAAUUGCUCUUGUUCUCUGCAUAUCGAUCUACAGAUUUCGAAGUUCAUCGGAACUGGCUCGCUAUAACGCAUUCCCUUCCAAUAUCGAAGUGGUAUUAUGAUACAACAUCCGAGUGGACUCUGGACUAUCCACCCUUCUUCGCCUAUUUUGAAAAGAUCAUGUCCAUUCCUGCAUACUUUAUCGAUCCGCGCAUUGUUGAUCUGAACAAUCUCAACUACAAUGCGUGGUCCGUCGUUGCAUAUCAACGGUCUACUGUAAUCAUGACAGAGCUUGUCCUGGGAGCAGCCCUUCUCAGAUUCAUACGAGGAGCGGUCGACCCGUCGGCUCAGCGCAUUAUAUCAGCGUCUUUAUUCCUUCAUCCUGGAUUUCUCAUAGUCGACCACCUGCAUUUCCAGUACAAUGGUUUCAUGUUUGGGAUCCUUCUGUGGUCUAUCCUAAUGGCCCGUAAUGACAACAAGUUGGCUAGCGGCUUCCUCUUUGCAGUCCUUCUCAACUUCAAACACAUAUAUAUGUAUCUCGCACCAGCUUACUUUAUUUACCUUCUACGUUCAUUUUGCCUCUCGCCUUCGGGCGCCUUACUUCCGGCACGUUUCAUCUCUCUAGCGAAUGCUGUGAUUCUCGUCUUCUUGGUGUCGCUUGGCCCAUUUCUGCUGAUGGGCCAAUUACCUCAAUUGCUCAGCAGGUUGUUUCCCUUCACCCGUGGGCUAAACCAUGCCUACUGGGCGCCGAACUUCUGGGCUUUGGUCACCGCCUCAGAUAGGGUGCUCUUAAAAUUUGUCAAAGGCGGUCGAAUGCCGGCGCUGGCUGUCAAUAUGUCUGGCGUCGCUUCUACUUCUCGUGGACUGGUCGGUGAUACCAUCUUCGCUAUAUUGCCUAAUGUAAAACCUAUACACACAUUUAUCAUCACCAUUGUGUUCCAAGUUAUUUACUUGGUGAAAUUGUGGAAGACGCCGACGUACAAGUCGUUCCUGACCGCCUUAACGUUGUGCGGAUACACGUCAUUCAUGUUUGGCUGGCAUGUCCAUGAGAAAGCAGUCUUACUUGUGCUCGUACCAUUUAGUCUACUGGCAGCUGAGAACCAUGCAUACUUCCGCACGUUCAUGAUUGCUUCAUUUGCGGGGAUAUUUUCUUUAUUUCCAUUGCUCUUCACGCCAAUGGAGACACUGAUUAAAGUAGCGUACUCUACCAUCUGGGCUAUCCUAACCUUCACGCCUUUGCAUCAGCGAGUGUACGAAUUUCCCCGUUCAUUGCCAUUCGUGAUCAUCGACAGCCUCGAGAAGCUCUACGUGGCAGGCUUCGUGCUCCUUCAGUUAUGUGUCUCGCUUUUCCCCGUCUUCGAUGGUCAACAAUCAGAAGCACUAAAAUUCUUACCAUUGAUGUUGACGAGCGUGUACUGUGCUACUGGUCUGGUCUGGGCAUUUAUGCCAGCGUUGUCGCGCACCUCAGAAUUUCGUGCAAUUCUGCAAGAGAAACAGAAUGAAAUUCCAGAGACUAAACGUCGUAAGAUCACAUCAAGACGUGCUGCAGAUGGUCAACGCGAGGUUCAGGAUAUUCUCGGGAAGGAAUACCUAGCGGAGGCAUAUUUAAUUCUACAACAUAUCAACUCUCUAACUCGUAUGCUGUCGGCUGUCCGGAGACCAUAUCUCAACUUAGACACUCGUCCUUCUCCAUUGUCUCGUGAGCCAUCACGGAACAUAGACCUCAACUCCUCGGAUCAGUCGUGGGCAAAUAUUCGCCAUCUCACGAACGAGGAGAGGGACCAAAUUGACCUGCAAGCCAGAGUCAUCCUCUCAAGAUGUGCGGAUCGAGUAAAGAGAUUAGAAGCAAUGGAGAAACAGCGUGCAGAGCUGGCCGCGAGUCGCAAGAACCCCAUUAUCAGACUCUUGCCCGCGCGAUUGCGCCAGGACGACCAAACUGCUGCGUCCGACUUCAUAGCUGCACACCAUUCCAGUGUAACAUGGUACCUCAGCCGUCGGUUGACAGACACUAGCCAAACUUUGAAAGACAUGCAAGAGGAACGCAUGAAGCGGCAACUAGAGCGUACGCGCACACUAGGCUCUGGGGCUGCGCGAGAGGCCAUGUACAUGGAUAUGUCUGGAUCGCUACCCUCACCCGCGGAAUCGCCGGCAAGUGGCAGCUGGCUCGGCAACGCAUCUAACCUCGCGUCGAGUUUCGCAGCCAGCAUUAGUCCCGCUGAGAAUGCGCACUCUACGAUGAUACUGAAGCCACCUUCCACGCCAUCGGACGACUUCUUCGACGAUACCGACGAGGAAGACAUGGAGCUCACAGCCUCGCAAAUCAUGCAGUUUGAAACCGAGAACGCAAACAUCCUGCAAUCCGUUCAGGAUACCUUAGUCUCCGUACAACAAGCCGAGUCUCGGCUGAUGGAGAUUAGUGCGCUGCAGAUGGAACUUGUCACGCACUUGACACGGCAAACGGAGCAAACGGAGCAGCUCUACGAAGAUGCGAUCGCGACCGCAGCAACAGUAGAGAAGGGAAACGUGCAGCUGAAAGAGGCAAGACGGAGAGCGAGAGACAGUAGAAAGUGGAUAUUGCUGUUCCUCAUUGGAGCUAGUUUGUCGUUACUAUUCUUGCACUAUUACUGA